UGCAGUAUUCAGCGGUGUACCGGUAUGAGUAUAUGUUUUUCCUCACAGUGCGGUGCACGAGCGGAUAUAUACUAUAAAAAGGUUAAUUAGCUAGGUAAGAAAUUCAAGUAGAACGUUGCAGCAAGAAUUUGAUCCACAGACAGGUAACCUUAUCAUCGUACAUUGUCUGUGUCAUCAGCCGAUAUAUAAGUUCACAUUGUGUCGACAGCCACCGCAGAGCCGUACACUUCCCGUGGACAACCGGAGAACUCCUUCGGGCUGUUUGAGAGCUGUGGAAGUCAUUGAUCAUACUGUUCCUUGACAAGAUUAAUAUGUCACUCAGCGGUGUCCUCUGUGCUGAUGCUAUCCAGAAUGCUGUCAAAGACUGUCAAGCUCCAGAAUCUUUCUGUUGCAAGAAGUUUUUUCAGCUCUGUGGACUGAGCCAGAAAAGUCCCAAGGAAGUGAAGGAUGUGUUCCGUAUCUUAGAUGACGACCACAGUGGGUUUAUUGAAGAGGCAGAACUUAAGUUUUUCUUGCAGCGAUUUGUCCCGGGAGCACGGGUUCUGACAGAGAGGGAGACCAAGGCCUUCCUCUCAGCUGCAGAUGAUGACAAUGAUGGCAAAAUUGGAAUAGACGAAUUCCAAACAUUGGUCCUGUCCUAAGAGGGCUUCUGCAUGCAGCCGUGUCCACUGGGGUUUCAUCUACCCUGCUGCUGUUUCAAUGGCUGGCAUCUGCACGAGCUCACUUUUAUUUACAUGUCACAUAAACUGAAUUUUGAUUGGUUGAAUUUCCCAAGUGUUCACCCCUCUUGAUCAAGAACAGUACUGAUCAUGGAA